AUGAAGAUUGUCAUCAAGAUCUUCGACCACGACUACUACCCACACACAGUCACAUUUCCCCGACCCUUCACCCAUUACCAGCUAGCCGACCAAGAUCUGAGCCGACAGGCGUCUGCUUUGCGCUACAUGCACCGAGUUGGGAGGGAUGAGAAUGGGAUUGAGAUCCCGGGGAAGCUCCGACUCACUGGCGGGCACAAUCUCACACCUGAGUACUACGGUACCUGGGUAAUCGACCUGAAUCGGAUUUCCACGGAUGGAAAGCGAUACGCCGGUGCUGUGGCUAUGGAGUACAUCGAUGGAGUUUCCAUGGAAGACCUCUGUACACGCGAAGACGAGGACUCCAUGCGCGUCUACCCUAUGGCCGAACCACAGCCCUUGUACGAUGCUGAUGACGAGAACGAUACACAUGGCUACCUCGACAUGGGUGAGCAUACUCGCUUGAAAGUCCUCGCCGACAUCAUCGGUGGGUUCGUGGAGGGCUACAGCCUCGGGGUCAAUCACGGAGAAUACGAGCUUGGCGAUUUCAUGAUUACCUAUCUAUCUCAUGGAAAGGAGCUAAAGAAGUUACGAUUCCCCAGAGUGGUCAAGCUGAAUUACAAGUUCUGCCAAGUGUGGUGUAUGACCCGCAUGGCAAAAGUUCAGCGCUGGAGCGACAAUCAACAGCUUCCAUACCCCGUCCAUCCAGCCGACCACUUCACUCUUCGCGAACUCAUCGACUUUUGUGGCUGGUGGCCGUAUCAGUGGUGGCACGAUGAGUCACAAUUUUACGCGUGGCUUGUGAAGGAAUUUGGACCGAUGGAAGAAAACGUCGCGCCCUGGCAUCUCUCCCUGUACGCCACUUUGGAGACACAGAGAAGAAAGACUGCGGCGGAAGCAUUGCCGUUCGCGAAUGAAGAGGAUCCGUCCUAG